GGGCACGUGCCCGGUAGUUCCUGAAUAAUCUGGUUUUUCACGUUGGGCUUUUUUUUUUUUUUUACAUUCAGCACUUAUCUUGGCUCUGUCGCUUCUUCGUUCCUGAAGACAUGUUGUCAUUAACGUUACGACAUCUUAUACGGCCGCUGUGCCAACAUGCCCCCAGAGCUCUCUGCACCGGGACGCGGGGUCAGCAUUCCCAGGCGGCGGUGCCGGAGCACCCGUGGACGGGGCAGGAGAGCCUGGCGCAGGACGACCCCGAGAUGUGGGAACUGCUGCGGAGGGAGAAGGACAGGCAGUGCCGUGGUCUGGAGCUGAUCGCCUCGGAGAAUUUCUGCAGCCAAGCCGCCCUCGAGGCCCUGGGGUCGUGCCUGAACAACAAGUACUCAGAAGGCUAUCCUGGGAAGAGGUACUAUGGUGGCGCGGAGGUUGUGGACCAGAUCGAGCUGCUGUGUCAGAAACGGGCCCUGGAGGCGUUCGGCCUGGACCCGGCACUCUGGGGCGUCAACGUGCAGCCGUACUCCGGGUCUCCGGCCAACUUCGCCGCCUACACCUCCGUGCUGCAGCCGCACGACCGCCUCAUGGGGCUGGACCUGCCCGACGGAGGACACCUGACUCACGGCUACAUGUCUGACGUGAAGCGGAUCUCCGCCACCUCCAUCUACUUCGAGUCCAUGCCCUACAAGCUGAACCCCAAAACGGGUCUCAUCAACUAUGACCAGAUGGAGGUUACAGCCCGCUUCUUCCGUCCCAAGCUGAUCAUCGCCGGCACCAGCGCCUACGCCCGGCUCAUCGACUACGCACGCAUGAAGAAGCUGUGCAUGGAGCUCAAUGCCUACCUGCUGGCUGAUAUGGCCCACAUCAGCGGCCUCGUUGCCGCCGGCGCCAUCCCCUCCCCCUUUGACCACGCGGACCUCGUCACCACCACAACGCACAAGUCGCUGAGGGGGGCCAGAGCUGGCCUGAUCUUCUUCCGGAAGGGGGUGCACUCCGUCGAUAAGAAGGGCAGAGAGGUCCACUACAACCUGGAAGACAGGGUCAACUUCGCAGUCUUCCCCUCCCUGCAGGGGGGGCCCCACAAUCACGCCAUCGCCGCGGUGGCCAUCGCCCUCCGACAGGCAACAAUGCCAAUGUUUAAGGACUACAUAGCCCAAGUUAUGCAGAAUGCGAAGGUGAUGGCGAGUGCACUUCUGAAGAGAGGAUAUACACUGGUGUCAGGGGGCACUGACAAUCACCUCGUCCUGGUGGACCUGCGGCCGCAAGGCAUGGACGGGGCUCGGGCUGAGCGAGUGCUGGAGCUGGUGUCAAUCACCGCCAACAAGAACACCUGCCCUGGCGACAAGAGUGCCCUCACACCUGGGGGUCUCAGGCUAGGAGCACCUGCCCUGACCUCCAGACAGUUCAAGGAGGCAGACUUCGAGAAAGUGGUGGAAUUCAUAGACGAGGGGUUCAAGAUCGCCCUGGAUGUGAAGAAGAAGACCACGAAGCUGCAGGACUUCAAGUCCUACUUGCUCGAAGACCCCGAAACGGUGGCCAAGAUCGCCGACCUGCGGCAGCGUGUGGAGGCCUUCGCACGCCCCUUCCCCAUGCCCGGGUUCCUCGAUCACUAAACCCAGCCGGACACGGUGGUGGGGGGGAAGGCGGGCUUUUGGUCUGGUUCAGGGAGGGGGUGGGGCCAAACUGUGAAUCCAGCACUGCACAGUCAGUCUUUCUGAAUCCUUCCUUUGGGUGGGGGGGCGCACAUGCCCAGGUUUCAGGUAUGAAGAGAGGGACGGUCCCUUUGUCCUUCUUGCAUAAUGUUCUUUUUCUUGCUUUUCAAAAUUGUAGAACCGAAAUGAAGCUUGAAAGAAGGUGCCGGUGUUCAAAUCCCUGCCCUUCUGCUGCUGGUCAUCUUCACAAUCUGGUUUAGCGUUAGAUAAACUGCCCAGGUUCAACAGCUAUGAAACUAAUUGCCGAAUCUCUUCACAGAGCACCAUUAGGUAUUAAUAAUAUAAUGAACAAUGUGUCAAUGAACAAAACUAAUAUAAUGUUUACAGAUAUUAUUAGAACAAAAGCCCACAAGUUAUCUAAAUGUAGAUUUUUUUUGUUUUUUAUAUGUAGUCUUAUGUAUUGGCAUAUGGCUAUGAUUAAAAUUCUCUUAGUUAUUUAUCAUCAUGGACAUCAUAGAACUUCCUAAAUAAAGGGUGUAAUGUCUAAUAUAUUUUCGGCAUAAUUCUGGGAUUCUGUAAUACUAACCACUGCAUCAGUGAACAGUUUGAGGUUACCUCCGUUGGGGGGGUGGGGGCUGCUGCACGCAGUGAGAGAGAACAGAUCGCAGUGCGGCGGCAUUUCUGAUUGGCCACUUGUCCAAAUAGUGCUGAAAUAAAGUGAGAUUGAAUUCUAAUGACAA